AUGGAUUUUAUUGGUGCUGGCGUGCAUAUUCAGAUGGCGCAGAGUCAUCAGUAUUUCUUCAAGCCGCCUGAAGUUGUGUUUGAAUUUGUGAAUGGCGUACCGGACAUGUUGGCGCGAAAACUGGAACUCAUCGGAGUGAAGGUUAUUGGUCGUGAGGUAACCUUCCCAGUGCGUGCUACAUUUCUUACCUUCGAUAUGUUGAAAAGCUUGGAAAUAAGUUGUGCGGAAUCGAGGCAUUGUGCGAUAGAAGGCAGUUCUGUGGAUACCAUCAAUCUUGAUGUUACAGCAGUGUUUGUCCUUAUUUCGUCUUUAACUCAUGAAAACGGUGCUCAGUAUGAUUACGACAGCCAGCUGUUGAAUGCACAAGCUGCCCAGGAAAGGAAAAAACCGGCUUUACCAUUGCUACUAAAAGCUAUCAAAGAUAAAAGGCUAAUCAUUUGUCGGACAGCCUUUAACUCGGUGCAGUCAAUUUUAAGCACAGUGGCCGGGCCUGGAGAAAAGGCACGAGCGAACGAAUUAUUCAAAAAAGUAGAGAUUGUGGAGGACAAACUUUCUGACCGAACAGCUACGUUGAAAUUAAGCGAUCAAAUCAAUGAGCGGGCAAAAGUAUGUACCCACUUAGUUUGUCGUUUGAUAACUGCCCUUCAAUAA